AUGUCGGCCCAAAACUCCACGGGAAUCCAGACACUUCUGGAUGCUGAGCGCGAAGCUCAGAAGAUUGUUCAACAAGCCAGAGAAUAUCGUACAAAGCGAGUAAAGGAAGCACGAACGGAAGCACAACGCGAGAUCGACGAAUACAGGAAACAAAAGGAGGAGGAAUUUAAGAAAUUCGAGGCCGAGCAUUCAAGCGGAAACAAAAUCGCCGAAGAGGAAGCCAACAAGGAAGCGGAAUCCCAGCUUGAAGACAUUAAGACCGCUGGAAAGAAGUCGGGCGAUAAGGUUAUAAAGGACUUGAUCAAUGCUGUUGUUGAUGUGAAGCCGGAAGUGCCUGAGAAGAUUGCUGCUUGA